UUUGCAGAUGCAUCAGUGCAAUUGCGGUGUGGAGCAAGAAAUGUGAUAUCAAGUACCAUAACAAAUAGAUCAGGAGUAAUUUCCUUGGUGAUGGAUUCUCAUGUAAAUACUUUGCCAUUGCUAUUAAUCAACUGCCUUUUAGUAGUUGCAACUCCACUUUCAACAUGUAAUGCGAGCUUACCAUCUGUUGGGCUUUUGGCAUCAUCCUUGAACCUUGUAAAUAUCGGUAUUGGCGGUGUCGGCGGUGUUAUUAGU